UAAUGAUCUGUUGAAUAAGCUAAGUAAUGACACCUCACUCUUCGCUUGCUUCCAUUCAUCAUUUCUCUCUCUCUUCCCAAAAAUCAAAACAGAAAAAUUACCAAACCCUACCAAUCAUCGUCUUCUUCCUCCGUCCUUCUUCAUCUUCCUCCUCUCAACGCGCCGCGCGUGUUCUCUAAUCAAUGGAGGCUCCAACGCCUCUCCUCCUUCUCUUCCUCCUCACAACCAUAACCUUCUUCACCACAUCCGUCGCUGACGACGGAACAGCAAUGCUCGCUUUAGCUAAAUCAUUUAAUCCUCCGCCGUCAGAUUGGUCAACCACAACAUCCACCGAUUUCUGCAAAUGGUCCGGCGUACGAUGUACCGGCGGGCGUGUUAAUAUAAUCAGUCUCGCUGAUAAAUCUCUCACCGGAUUCAUCGCACCUGAGAUCUCGACUCUUUCAGAGCUCAAAUCUGUUUCUAUUCAACGUAACAAACUCUCUGGUAAAAUCCCUUCGUUUGCUAAGCUUUCUUCUCUUCAAGAGAUCUAUAUGGAUGAUAAUUUUUUCGUCGGAGUUGAAACCGGAGCUUUCGCCGGACUUACUAGUCUUCAGAUCUUGAGUUUAAGCGAUAAUAAGAACAUUACUGCUUGGAGUUUUCCUUCGGAGCUUGUUGAUUCGACUUCUCUCACUAAGAUUUAUCUCGAUAACACCAAUAUCGUCGGAGUUUUGCCUGACAUUUUCGAUUCAUUCGCUUCUCUGCAAGAUCUCCGGUUAUCUUACAACAACAUCACCGGAGUUUUACCACCGUCGCUUGCGAAAUCUUCGAUUCAGAAUCUUUGGAUCAACAAUCAAGAAUUAGGAAUGUCAGGAACGAUCGAAGUGUUAUCUAGUAUGACGUCGUUGUCACAAGCUUGGCUUCACAAGAAUCAGUUCUUUGGACCGAUUCCAGAUCUCUCCAAAAGCGAGAAUCUCUUCGAUCUACAGCUCCGGGAUAAUCAGUUAACCGGAAUAGUACCCCCGACGCUUCUUUCACUGGGAAGUUUGAAGAACAUUUCUCUGGAUAACAAUAAAUUUCAAGGUCCUCUUCCUUUGUUUCCAUCGGAGGUUAAAGUAACAAUCGACCACAACGAUUUCUGUACUACUAAAGCUGGACAAACCUGUAGUCCUCAGGUGAUGACGCUUUUAGCGGUGGCCGGAGGUUUGGGAUAUCCAUCAAUGUUGGCUGAGUCUUGGCAAGGUGAUGAUGCUUGUAGUGGUUGGGCUUAUGUUACUUGUGAUUCAGCUGGGAAGAAUGUUGUGACGUUGAAUCUUGGGAAACAUGGAUUCGCCGGAUUUAUAUCUCCGGCGAUUGCGAAUCUUACUUCAUUGAAGAGUAUUUACCUUAAUGACAACAAUUUGACUGGUGUUAUCCCUAAGGAGUUGACAUUUAUGACUAGUUUGCAGUUGAUUGAUGUCUCAAAUAACAAUCUUAGAGGGGAGAUACCGAAAUUUCCGGCUGCGGUUAAGUUUAAUUACAAACCGGGGAACGCGCUGUUGGGAACUAAUGCUGGAGAUGGUUCAACACCUGGAACUGGUGGUGCCAGUGGUGGUUCUGGUGGGUCUUCUGGUGGUGGUGGUAGUAAGGUUGGUGUGAUUGUUGGUGUGAUCGUGGCGGUUUUAGUUUUUCUUGCCAUUUUAGGAUUCGUGGUUUACAAAUUUGUUAUGAAAAGGAAGUAUGGGAGGUUUAAUAGGACGGAUCCUGAGAAGGCUGGGAAGAUUUUGGUUAGUGAUGCUGUGUCUAAUGGUGGUAGUGGUGGUGGUGGAUAUGCUAAUGGGCAUGGAGCUAAUAACUUCAAUGCGUUGAACAGUCCUAGUAGUGGUGACAAUAGUGAUCGUUUCCUUCUUGAAGGUGGAAGUGUUACCAUUCCAAUGGAGGUUCUUCGUCAGGUUACGAAUAAUUUCAGUGAGGAUAACAUAUUGGGCAGAGGCGGUUUUGGUGUUGUGUAUGCUGGAGAAUUACACGAUGGAACAAAGACUGCUGUUAAGAGGAUGGAAUGUGCAGCAAUGGGUAAUAAAGGAAUGAGCGAGUUUCAGGCCGAGAUAGCGGUGCUCACUAAGGUCAGGCAUAGACAUUUGGUCGCCCUAUUGGGUUACUGUGUGAAUGGGAACGAGAGGUUGCUUGUCUAUGAGUACAUGCCACAGGGAAAUCUUGGACAGCAUUUGUUUGAGUGGCGUGAACUCGGAUACUCUCCUCUGACCUGGAAACAGAGAGUGAGCAUUGCUUUAGACGUGGCAAGAGGUGUGGAAUAUCUCCAUAGCUUGGCUCAGCAAAGCUUCAUCCACAGAGAUUUAAAGCCCUCUAAUAUCCUUCUAGGAGAUGACAUGAGAGCCAAGGUUGCUGAUUUCGGAUUGGUUAAGAACGCACCAGAUGGGAAAUACUCUGUUGAAACAAGAUUAGCAGGCACAUUCGGUUAUCUAGCACCAGAAUACGCUGCUACUGGAAGAGUAACGACGAAAGUGGAUGUGUAUGCAUUUGGAGUGGUUCUUAUGGAAAUACUAACUGGAAGAAAAGCUUUAGAUGAUACAUUACCAGACGAGAGAUCUCAUCUAGUCACAUGGUUCAGAAGAAUCCUAAUCAACAAAGAAAACAUCCCAAAGGCACUAGACCAAACCUUAGAAGCAGACGAGGAAACAAUGGAGAGCAUUUACAGAGUUGCUGAGCUAGCAGGACAUUGCACAGCCCGCGAACCUCAACAAAGACCAGACAUGGGCCACGCAGUAAACGUGCUAGGUCCACUUGUAGAGAAGUGGAAACCGUCGUGCCAAGAAGAAGAAGAGAGUUUCGGAAUCGAUGUGAACAUGAGUUUACCUCAAGCUCUACAAAGAUGGCAAAACGAAGGAACAUCGUCAUCGACAAUGUUCCAUGGAGACUUCUCUUAUUCUCAGACACAGUCUAGUAUUCCUCCGAAGGCCUCUGGCUUUCCUAAUACCUUCGAUUCGGCUGAUGGUCGGUGACACCAAACUUUGUGUCGAUCUGUGACUAAUCGAUGUUACUAAGUUUUUCUUUCGUUUUGGCUUUGGCUUUUUCUUUUUUAAUGACAUGAUGAUUAUAUUUAUAUAUUGUAAGCACAUAUAUUUGCGUCUGACCUCUUUGAGCUUUCGCAUUUGUUCAUUCUUUUUAAGGAAAAUUGUAUUACGUA